GCCCACUUUUCAGCCAAUCAGAACGAAGGGGCGGGAUUUUAGGCUAAUCUUAACAAAAUGGCGACUGUUGUUGUUUUGCCGCAGGGUCACUGAUUAAAUCCGUUUAUCGUUUCAGCUCAUUUCUGCACCUGCAGUGCAGAAGUGCUAAGAUAAGGCCACGAACCGGAAGGGUCGACUCCGCCCGGACUGAAAUGAAAGGCAAAGAACGGUCGCCGAUUAAAAAACGGUCCCGGGCCUUGGAAGAUAUUCGAGACAGGGGAGGAUGUCAUCCGACCAGCAAGAAAAUGGGGGCUCUGUCCGUUUCCAGCGGGAGUAAUAAUGGGAACACCUCGACAAAAGGCGACGGCGGCUCUACGAGACGAAGUCUACUCGGUGAGAAAAGAGAAAGAGAUUUCGACGGUCACGGCCGGACUGGAAAUAACCACAGCUGUCAGUCCGCUGCGGGUAAAAACCACAGCCUGAGCCUGACGCUGGACUUAGCCUCGCCGAGGGGCGUCUCUUCGCGAGCGGAGCAGCGGAUCCAGCCGCCCAGCACGGAGAGUGAGUACAAAACACUGAAAAUCAGCGACCUCGGCUCCCAGCUGAGCGACGAGGACAUAGAGGACGGACUGUUUCACGAAUUCAAAAAGUUCGGCGACGUGAGCGUCAAGAUGAGCCGCAGCAGCGACGGACGGAUAGCGUUUGUGAAUUUCAGAAAGCCGGAGGACGCCCGAGCCGCUAAGCACGCCAGGGGCCGGCUGGUGCUCUACGACCGGCCGCUGAAGAUCGAGGCGGUCUACGUUAACCGGAGACGGAGCCGAUCCCCGGUCGAGAGGGACUUGUACGUGGCGGCUCAGAGUCACAGACAUCUACAGAGACCCCUGUCGCCCACUGGGCUUGGAUACAGAGACUACAGGCUGCAGCAGCUGGCUCUGGGACAGCUGCCCCCGCCCCCGCCGCCGCCCCUGCCCAGGGAUCUGGGGCGGGAACGAGAGUUUGCUCUGUUUGAAGCCAGGGCGCGUCCCGCUUUCAUUGCAGAGCGGACAGCGUUCAGAGAAGAGGAUUUUAUAUCUCCAGAAGACGACCAAAGAGCCAACAGGACGUUGUUUCUGGGAAAUCUGGACAUAAAUGUUACGGAGGCGGACCUGAGGAGGGCUUUUGACAGGUUUGGGGUCAUCACGGAGGUGGACAUAAAGAGACCCACCAGAGGACUAACCAGCACCUAUGGAUUUCUGAAAUUUGAGAACCUUGACAUGGCUCACCGUGCCAAGCUUAGUAUGUCUGGCAAAAUAGUGGGUUGCAACCCCAUAAAGAUAGGUUAUGGCAAACCCAUGCCCACCACUCGCUUGUGGGUGGGGGGACUUGGACCCUGGGUGCCUGUAACUGCUCUGGCCAGAGAGUUUGAUCGCUUUGGAACAAUAAGGACCAUUGCCUAUAGAAAAGGGGACACUUGGGCUUACAUUCAGUAUGAAAGUUUAGAUGCUGCACAAGCAGCUUGGACACACAUGAGGGGUUUUCCCUUGGGAGGACCAGAGAGACGGCUCAGGGUGGACUUUGCAGACUCCGAGCAUCGCUACCCGCAGCAGUUCCUGCAGCCUCUCCCCAUAGCGCCGUUUGACAUGGUGGCGGAGUCAUUUGUUCACCGUGCCACGCCCGAACCUCUUCGGGUCAGAGACAGGACUCCUCCACCACUUCAUUUCAGGGACAGAGAGCUCUUCCCUGGAGCCGACUGGCCCAACCCCGCCAUUCGGGAACGGGUGCGGGCCUCGCCGUUUGAGCCUCUGGAACAUUUGGAGCGGCGAACAAGGGAGCCUUGGUCUCUGGAACGAGAGCUGCAGGGACGAGAACCUGUACGCAAGCGGCGUGCAGUGGAGGAGGGACGCCAUCUGGACCUCUCUCCGGACAGCACUGAGAGGACAAUAAGACGAAGACGAGCCUCCCCAGAGGGGAGUCCUGGCGGCAGCAGCAGAGAGGGGGGGCGCUUCAGUGAUUCAGAGCGCCCCAUGCGAGGUGAGAGAGCCUCUCCAGUGAGAGAACGCCAAAGCAGCCUGGAGCGGGUUGGGACAGAACGCCGGCUCAAGAGCCAGGUUCUGUCUGAUAAAGGACUUUCAGGUGGUGUGGGGGCAGCAGCUGGAGAACGCAAGCGUAAAGCAGUUGACGGUGGCAAAGGGCCGGCCAAGAGGGAACGCUCUGAAAGCAGCUCCAAAGGAGGUCAGCCGACCAAGCUGGACGGCGCCAAACUCGGUCUAGCUUGGCAAGGCAUGCUGCUCCUGAAAAACAGCAACUUCCCAGCCAACAUGCACCUGCUGGAGGGCGACCACAGUGUGGCCAGCGACCUGCUGAUGGACAGCGCGACGGGGAGGCAGGUGAGCGAGCUGAAGAUCACGCAGCGUCUCCGCCUGGACCAGCCCAAGCUCGACGAAGUGUCCCGCCGCAUCAAGGUGGCAGGUCCCUGCGGCUACGCCGUCCUGCUGGCCGUUCCCGGAGCCACGGAGGAGUCGCUCUCGGACUCCGCGGCCUCGACCCAGCGGCCGCUCCGCAACCUGGUGUCCUACCUCAACCAAAAACAAGCUGCCGGAGUCAUCAGCCUGCCCGUGGGGGGCAGCCGGGAUAAAGACAACGCAGGGGUCCUUCAUGCUUUCCCCCCCUGUGAUUUCUCCCAGCAGUUCUUGGAUUCGUCUGCCAAAGCUCUGGCAAAAAGCAAAGAGGACUAUCUGGUCAUGAUCGUGGUUCGUGGCGCAUCAUAAAAAGUGACCGUACACUACAAUGAAGUGGCGAUUAGAAGAAAAAAAAAAAAUCUGCUGUAUGUCAGUAAUUAUUGCAUGCUGUGUGUUCUGCAUCCUGGGGUACAGUAGUGUGCUUCUCCAGUGUUUGAAUGUUGCCAUAUAACCCACUAAACGGACAAAUGGUGCCCUUCUAUACAACUAAAAGGUCUUUUUUUUUUUUUUUUUUUUUAAAGUACAUUUCAGUGGGUGUUUGAACCCGAACACAAUCACAAACCUGCUGUACUCUCAGCCUUCUGGAGUUAAAUAUAGAAAUUCAGUCAGUUCAAAUCCAGUUACAUGAGCCUUUAGGUCAUUUUAUUGUUUGGUUCAUUUAUGGGUUGACAUGGUUACUUAUCCAGUUAUAAGCAAAAUAAAUGUUGGGCAUUGAAUGAUUUUAUACGAUAACACCACCAUUACAGUUAAUCCACCGAUUUAAAACAAUAUAUUUUAGAAUGUCCUAAAAACGUCACGUUUCUCUCCUGGCUGCUAUCCUUGACGUCAUCGGUCUGCACUGGUGGUGUUAUUACAACAGCUUUCCUCCCUGGUUGUGUGAACAAGGCAUGACCUAGUAGAAUGUUGCAUUUUUAAAUUUAGCUUUUCAAGUGUUGAAAAGAAGCUGAGCAUAAUUUUUUUUCUCCCCACAAUUUCAAGAGAGAAAGAAAAGGGAAAAUCAAUUGGUAAUGUCAAUGUUUAAAACAAAUCGCACAGCUCUCCUCCAGUUGAUCACAUUCCUGUUAAACAUACUACCUUAAAUAUUUAUGUUGCUCCUGCUGAAGUCGUUCGAUAUGUCUUGGAGUGUGAUUUACUGAAGAAGUGUUGUGCAGGGUUGUUUUAAAGUCGAAUAAAGUGUUUUGUCUGGAUAAAAGGUGGAGGACAAUGUGAAGGUCAGCAGUUAAAGCAUUUCUUAAUACAGGUCAAACAUUUCACUCUAUGGAGUCUCAUUCAUGCAUUUUCUUCAAGGUCAUUGUUUGAACCUUAGUGGAUCUGUUUUAAAGGGAUAUGCUUAAAAUUUGUUUUGAAGUGAGGUUUUUAUUUACAAAAGAAAGAGGCCACGUUGCUUUAAGUUUGUAGAAAAGUGAAAAUGUUCCCUAAAUCUGUGAAAGUCUGACAAGUCAGAUGGUCUCGCUGUUUUAGCUGACUUAGCCGUCCAAAAUGACCCAAACUUAAAAUGUUCAUAAUUGUGAGCUGAAUUAUAUCAGCAGGUUUAAAACCGUCUAAACUUUCACAAAGGGGCUUUGAUAAGAUCCGUUUUCCCUUCUUUUCUCAGUCAAAUUUUGUCUGUGCCACUGCUGGCUGAAGGAAGCUGUUGGCUCUAUUGGUCCAUCAGGAUGAAAUUUGCCAUCUUUGAUGCCUCUCUGCCCGGCUGGCAUCCAGCUGGAUCGAUAACAGGUUGUUGGGACAUUUAAUGCUGAGCUCCAAAUUAUUAUUUUCAUUCAACCUAGAAGUUUCUGAUCACAAAUGAGACGCGCGUCUCUCAGAAGAUAAUAAAACAUACAAGUAUGUUUUGAAAAACAAAAGAUUUUUUUAAUUUGUAUUUUGUUACAAAUGGCUAGAAAAAAAUAAAAUAGCUCUGCAGUAAUUAAAACCCUGAGGGCCCACUGUCCUGCAUGUUUUAGGGGUUCCCCUGAUGCUGCACACCAGACUUAAGUGAGUGGGUGAUUAGCAGGCCUCUGCAUCGAUAAGAGGUCAGAUUUGAAUCAGGGCUACACCUCUAAAAACGUUAACACUUCCAUUUAGAAGCACUCAAAAGGUAUAAAAAAUUUGUGUUUUACUCCAUUUUAUUUUACCUAUUUUUUGUUAAAAUGGGAUUCAGUUUGAGUUAUUUUAAAUGGCUAAAAUCAGCUAAAACAUUGAGUCUUUUUGACUGUGCUAGCCUUUCAUAAUGCUUAGGAUUUAAAAAAAAAAAAAAUCGGACUGUGAUGUCAGAUUGCAAACUGUUACUGGUAAAGGAGCCCCACUUCAAAAAUGUUGAACUAUUCCUUUAAGAUUCAUCAAUAGGAUCACCAAAUUUCUACAAUAUCUCUGAAUUUAAGUGGUUUUUUUCCCCCAUGGUUCAGAUAGUAGUUGAAUGCAUUUCUAUUUUUGGAUAGCAUAGAAACCAGCCCACACCUGCUACUAACAGAGAAAUACUGAACUUUUCUUGUGUUCUUAAUGUGUUAUCCGUUUGUGCAUCCUUGUUUUGCUCGGAGAGGAUCUAGCAUUGCAAUAUAUAUAUAAAAACUGAAGUACUUGUGGACAAAAAGACAAAAAAGUUACAUUUUUUGUGUUUAUAGUUGACGCCCUGUUUUAUUUAUUUCCCUGAACCGAUCCUCCCCUUUUCAUAGUAAUAAUUAACCCAUUAAGUGGAUGGUACAAACUAAUAAACCUGCUAUCAGUACAGCUACUUGGUUUUAUCAGUGGUUUAACAGUUAAUGUGGAGUUUAAUUUUAGAAAUAUACAGUUACAAUAACUCAUGCCUGCCAUUACGGGGUUUUUUUUUCUUAGAUCUUCUUACCACAGUAUUGUUUAGACAUUUUUGUAUUUAGUCAUGCAGUAGUGACUUACUCGGAAUAAUAAUUUUCAGAUUUUGUUUUAUUUUAUUUUAUUUUUGUGUGUGUGUAAUGAAAGCAUUCAUGUUUGCUUGUACACUCGGACAUCACACCCACUGAAACUUCGGACUCUGGAAGACGCAGAGCUGCAAAAACCUCUGUGGAGAAAAAAUAGGCACCGUUAUAUGUGUGAGUCCUCGCUGACGAGGAAGCUUUUUAAGUUGUGUAAGUCCAUCCCGCACCUGUGAUGACUUCUGUUUUUAAGUGGGGAAAAAAUGAGCAAUGUACCCUUUGAUGUCAUGGGGGAAAAGGAAAAUCCGUAAUGCCCAUGCGAAGCUGUUCACGUAACUGCGAGUGCAUUUGGGCGCCUGAUGUGACCGAUUGUCAAUAAAUUGUUCAUGUGAAGGGGAAGUGUUUCUUCGAUGGAAGUGAAUUGACGAGAACGAGCUGCGGUGCCCGGUUGUGUUUCCGAGGAGUUUUGCUCACUUGAAAAUGUUGUUUUCUGCUCGUGAGACGAUUCGCAAGUCGUUUAGCUCCAGAGAGGAGAGACCCGUGUUCCCCAACCCCCAGAGGAUCGCUGUUUGUUUAAACGAGGCCGGUUCUGGUUGUAACUUACUCCCGCAACUGUUCCUAUAGACACGCAAAAACACCCGACAGGACGGAUGGAGGAGCCGCCGCCUGCUCUUGUUUGAACCCGGCCUGCAGAAGCAGCUUCGGCAUCACUGUGAAAGUUUUCCCGUGCAUUCGGUUCUGUUUCUGAACAGAAGGCAGGAGAAUUGAGAUUGUGACAACUCUGAAAUUCGCAGAGCAUCGACAGAUCACUUGGUCUCCCUGGGGAGAUUUGGGUCUGAUUCGUCUUUAUCGCACUUUGCCCGGUUUUACUCAGAUUUUCCCGAUCGUCGGGAAAGACGAUUGGCUCAAAUGUUCAGCUAGGAAUGCUGCCGCUGGCCUCUCCUCCCCCGAGGAGCCGUGUUGAACCGGUACCACUAAAUCAUCUGAGGUCAGCCGCAGCACCGGGGAUGAAGUACGCACGCCUUCACUGGAAGGACCAGAGGAUACCGUUCACUGAAGUUCCGGGACCACUCCAUGUCAAAAGCUUAAGUCCAAACUCAGCUACCAUCUAUUUUAGCUGAAUUAGGGUAACAAAACAAAACAAAAACAUGUUCAGUGAUUCUGUGCCGAGGACGACCCACUUCCCCUUGAGAAACAUUGCCACCAUGAGGACCACGGAGCGCCUGCCUUUCCUCUCCUCCUCCGGGUCUGUUAGCUGGCAGCCAGGACAGAGCAGGUAUCACUGAGCGGCUGCUGCACA